AUGUCCAGCAAGGAUGAGGACACCAAGUCUUCGGUACCUAAAUUUGCAUCUUUUAAGCCAAAAUCCGAGACUUCCGACUUGAAAGCACCCAAAUUCUCUUCUUUCAAACCAAAAUACAAGGAUAAGGAUAGGGACACACCCACAGGAUCUAGCGCUAAGGACGAAGGGCGGGAGCGAGAGCGAGAGCGAGAACGCGAGCGAGAUUCCAGGAGGAAACGAAGUCAUCACCAUUCUGAUUCACAUCGCGACCAUCACCGGCCAAAAAAGCAUCGCACAGACUCUCGUGGCCGACACCGUGAGACAUCGCAAACUGGUCACUCUGAAGCAUUUGAGCACCGCCUGCUCACCAAAGUUACACGAAGCAGUGACGAUGCAUCGCGUCUGUACAUCAUUGACACUAAAGGGGAUCCCUUAAUCAUUCGCUAUGGAGGUCUUGACCGGUCUCAGGUUCCUGUUUACUAUCGUGAUGGUUAUGGAAAGGUCCUCGGCACACGAGGUCGUCUUGUAAUUCAUCGCGAUGGACCUAGAGAUCAGUUCAGUCUACGUAUGCCCGGUGAAGGUUCAUAUGCCUUGAAAGAUAGGGAUGGUCUGCGCUCCAGAAACUGGCGUAUAAGACCUACACCGCUGAGAGUCAGGAAGCAAGAGAUCGAUAGUCAAGGUGAAGAAGACGGCGACUUUUUGGCACUAAGCUCACCGAAGAAGCGUAAACACUUGCAUCGAGCCUCUGAAGAGUCAGAAGAUGAAGAGCAACCGACUUAUCGAUCCAUAGAGGGAAAGGCAAAACCACGCCAAUAUGAUGGCAGCGACUUGGAAUCCGAGUCAGACGCGGUUGCAGACGAUAUCAAUGUCGACCAGAAUAAUCCCCUGAAAUGGAAGUCGAUUCAGCUCUCGAGACGUGUCAAGGACCAGCCAGAUGAUAUAGAUGCAUGGCUCGAGUUGGCAAACCAUCAAGAUGCCCUUUUAAGAGCAGGCGAGGAUAUCGACCACAAGGCGCUUGAAGCUGAGGUACACAGUUUUGCGGAGAUCAAGCUGCAUAUACUUGAAUCAGCCUUGUCUAAUGUAUCAAACCACCAGGAUCGUAUUCGAGUGCUCAUUCCUCUCAUGCGGGAAGGCAUAAAAGUAUGGAAUAGCAAAGUCGCCGCCAAGAAGUGGCUUGAUCUGCGCGAGGAUGAGGAUAAGAGCUUCACUCUGUGGAAGACGCAUCUUAAUUUUUCCAUGUCUAAUAUUUCUGCUUUCCAUUUUGACACCCUCAAGCAAAUACACCUGGAUAGAAUACGGCAUGUUAUAUCUCGAUCAGAAGUGAACAUCGAGCCCGAAGACUUGAGGGAAGCUAUCUAUGUCUUUCUGAGACUUACCAGGUUCAUCCAUGACUCUGGUUAUAAGGAGCUUGCAGUCGCAGCCUGGCAGGCUUUUAUAGAACUCAACUUCUUCCGGCCCAUGCCACUGGAUGACCAGAGUGCAGCCUUCGGUCCACUUCGAGACUUUUGGGAGAGUGAAGUCCCGAGGAUAGGAGAAGCAGACGCUCAAGGUUGGGCGAAAUUUGUAGCAGAUGGUGGAAUAGGCGAUGCUCCCGAACCACUACAAGAUAUCAAAGGACCCGAAUGCCAGUCCCGAGAUGACUACAAACGAUGGGCAACCCUAGAGAGCUCACAAGCCGAUCAGGCUCGAAUUCCCGCUAGAACCAUGGACGCAGGAACAGAGGACGAUCCAUUUAGAGUGGUGAUGUUCUCUGACAUCGAGCCACUUCUGUUUUUCGUUCCAAAGAAUAUGCUACCUGCUGUACAGGAGCAAGUGCUGGACGCAUUUCUGAUAUUCCAGGGAUUACCCCCAACAUUCUGGUCUGACCACUGGACCGAAGAGGCGUACCAUGAUCAGUUCCUUGCAGUUUUCACAUUGCACAUGGAGUCGAGUGCUCCCACACCACUAUCGGGAGACGAGGAUCCGACUGAGAUCCAGAGGAAGUCCCCUCCUUUCCACCAGAACCCUCUUUGCGUCUCGGAAACACUCGACGUCCUUUUCCCUCACUCAGAAUGGUUCUCCUAUCUACCCUCAAGGAAUAGAAAGAAUGACGUUGAACUUGGAUUUAUGGCCAACGCAACGAAGCAACUGGUUCACAAUGCCAACUUUGAGGGUUUAGCCACAUAUCAUUUGGCAUUGUCUCAAGUUCAAGAUGGCUCCAGUGUUAAGAAAGCGGCCAAGUCUUUACUGAAGCGUUAUCCAACGAACCUUGGUCUUUACCGAGCGUACGCUAUUGCUGAAUAUACAAAUGAAAAUCACGAAGUUGCAGCCAAGGUAUUGUCAUCAGCGACUGAGCUUGUGUCGGUUAGUAAUCUGUCUUCUCCGACUUUGACUCGUCGCCAUGCUAACGAGUCACUGCAGAACUCACCAACAGCAGAUGUGUUUGCUCUUUGGAGAACUUGGUCAUGGAUGGAACUUCAGAGGGGUGAUAUACAGCUAGCAGUUCGAAUAUUAUGCUCCUCUGUGGACGAUGCUCUUCGAAGGUCGGCUGGAACCCCUGAAGUAUCAUCGACACAUAUUCUCAAAGCCCACCGAACUUUCUCGUCUUUGACGAGUGACUUUAUUUCCGGUGCGAACCUCGAGGAUGCCAGUACUACUACCGAGUGCCUAGUCCUGUUGUCGUACUUGACUUCUGAGAGCUGCACAGAACCGAUGUCGGCAUCACAAGGAAGUAUCUCGGCUGCGAUAGAGACAGUGCACCGAACAUCUCUCGAGUUCAAGUCCCGAGGCUACCAAGCAUCUCGCGCUCAUGAGCAAUUACUACAGUUUGCGUCGAGGCUACUAUACUUGCACGCAAGUCGAGGACCUUUUCGUCGCGCAUAUCUGCUCGAGCAGCUGAAGAAGUUCCUGGUGUACUUCCCGAGGAACACCAUAUUCUUAUCACUUUUCGAAUGGGCCGACUCCAGUCUUCGCGUCAUUGACGAAUCGAGAACGCUUCUGCACGAAACAGUCUUGACUCCAGCUCAGGAUUGCCUGAGUAGUCGAAUAUUUGCCGUCCAUCACGAGAUCGAACGGGGAAACGUCAACACAACAAAAGCAGCUUUUGAGCAUGCCGUUUCAAGCGACACUUGCAAGUUUAACACUUGUUUGUGGAUACAUUUGAUCAGAUUCUGCAGCACACAAAGAGAGCUACGAUCAAAAGCUAAGGAUACCCUGUUCAGAGCCCUGAGACACUGUCCCUGGUCCAAGGAUGUCAUGAUGGAGGCUUUCCUCACUUUGAAUAGACAGAUGGAUUCUUCGGAACUCAAGGGUAUCUUUGAGACCAUGACUUCGAAAGGCCUAAGAAUUCAUGUUGAUCUGGAAGAUUUUUUGGAUAAAAGGAAAGAUGCGAUGCGAGUAGCGAAGAGCCAGCGAGUAUAG